GUCACUACUUUUAAAAACAGAUGGCAAAUCAUCAUUAGAAACAGAACCUGAGCCGUGGCACAUUGUAAUUCAAAUCUUACCGGUGCUAUUUUGUAGUAUUUCAUAUCGAUGUGUUCUCCCGCGACAAGAGCGGCUUACUCCAAGCUGCGUUCAGGGUCACCUCUGUUGUUGAACGUUGCCAAACGAGUUUUGCUAGCAUGAAACUGUUGGCACCGCUUCGUCAACUGUUUGUUAAGCAGAUUUCUCUCCGGGGAACGCGUUUCUCGCCGGCCUUGUGCUUUGCUCAAUAUACCAAAAUCCUGCAGAAGAAGCAGAAAUGCGCCACGGUGCUGCCGGAGCAGCAAAGCCCGCCUCCCAGUCCUCUGUCCCCGGCGCAGCUGGAACGGAUGGCUCGCAACAAGAGAGCGGCGCUGGAGAGGCUGGCUUCCGCUCAGACUCCUCCGGGGUUCGGGGGCAGCUGGAGGAAGGAGCUGGCUGCUGAGUUUGGAAAGCCCUACUUCAAACAGCUGAUGCAGUUUGUUGCUGAAGAGAGGAAACGCCACACAGUUUACCCACCUGCUGAACAAGUGUUCACCUGGAGCAAGGUGUGCAAAAUCACAGAUGUUAAAGUGGUCAUUCUAGGUCAAGAUCCAUAUCAUGGUCCAGGCCAAGCGCACGGACUAUGCUUCAGUGUGAAAAGACCAGUUCCUCCUCCUCCGAGUUUGGAGAACAUGUACAAAGAGCUGGCCACAGACAUCGACGGCUUUCAGCAUCCAGGCCAUGGCGACCUGACUGGAUGGGCCAGACAAGGUGUGCUGCUGCUCAACGCCGUGCUGACUGUCAGGGCGCACCAAGCUAACUCCCACAAAGACAGAGGCUGGGAGACCUUCACUGACGCUGUGAUUCAGUGGCUCAGCAGCAAUCAAGAGGGCGUCAUCUUCAUGCUGUGGGGAUCGUACGCACAGAAAAAAGGGGCUUCAAUUAACCGAACACGCCAUCACGUCCUGCAGACUGUACAUCCCUCCCCCCUGUCUGCUCAUCGAGGAUUUUUUGGUUGCAGACAUUUCUCCAAGGCCAACGAGUUGCUAGAGAAAUGUGGAAAGUCUCCCAUAGACUGGAAGGCUCUUUAACUUCUAUGUUGGCUUUUCUGAAGCCCAUGUAAACUACAGACCAAACCCACCUAUAAGCUUUUUAUUUCUUCUUCCAGCAGUUAUUCAUGUUUUUAUAAAACAAUACCGGCAGAUUGUUCUGUUUUCACUGCAUUGUUCUCUUAGUGGUUUAACUUUUGUAAAUAUUUGUUUUCUUUUUCUGCCCUUUUUAGUUUGCACCUUGUUUCCUUUUUUACUUUUUUAUGUAAUGUUUGGUACAUUAAAGGGUUUUCUACAUUGUGUAA